AUGCGCAGUCGCUUGGCAGCAGUAGAAGCAAAGGUUGGUAUGGGAAGCAGUGAUUCUCUUCCUGAAGGAGACGAGAAUGCCGACUUCCAGGAGAGUGGGUUGGCUGGUGCCAUGGAGGACGCUGCCUUCGACAUUGGUCAAGUUCGCCGGUGGCAGGAUAAUACUGAGAACAAGCCGGGUAACCAGCCAUCAACCCAAGGGAGCAGCAGAAAAUGGUACAGUCCCAUGCCCUUCAAUGCAUGUAUCGCCGCCCUCCCUUCGAAAUCGGACUGCGAUUGGAUUGUGGAAGCAUUCUUCGAAGACCUCAAUUGGUUCUGCGGAUGCUUACACGAACCAUCGAUCACAUGUACAUAUGGCGAAUUCUGGAAGGAUGGAACUUUGCCAGUUUUCAUCGUUGUGAUGGGCUGGCAGAGCCGUCGAUUGUGA